CGGCGGGUGACGGUGCGGACGGGUCAGGAGCGUAGAGGCGGAGGCAAAAUGGCGGCGCCUGAGGAGCGGGAUCUAACCCAGGAGCAAACAGAGAAACUGCUGCAGUUUCAGGAUCUGACUGGUAUAGAAUCUAUGGAUCAAUGUCGCCAUACCUUGGAACAGCAUAACUGGAACAUAGAGGCUGCUGUACAGGACAGACUGAAUGAGCAAGAGGGCGUACCCAGUGUUUUCAACCCACCUCCAUCCCGACCCCUGCAGGUUAAUACAGCUGACCACAGGAUAUACAGCUAUGUUGUCUCAAGACCUCAACCAAGGGGACUGCUUGGAUGGGGUUAUUACUUGAUAAUGCUUCCAUUCCGAUUUACCUAUUACACGAUACUUGAUAUAUUUAGGUUUGCUCUUCGUUUUAUACGGCCUGACCCUCGCAGCCGGGUCACUGACCCCGUUGGGGACAUUGUUUCAUUUAUGCACUCUUUUGAAGAGAAAUAUGGGAGGGCACACCCUGUCUUCUACCAGGGAACGUACAGCCAGGCGCUUAAUGAUGCCAAGCGGGAGCUUCGCUUUCUUUUGGUUUAUCUUCAUGGAGAUGAUCACCAGGACUCUGAUGAGUUCUGUCGCAACACACUCUGUGCCCCUGAAGUUAUUUCCCUCAUAAAUACGAGGAUGCUCUUCUGGGCAUGCUCUACAAACAAACCUGAGGGAUACAGGGUCUCACAGGCUUUACGAGAGAACACCUAUCCAUUCCUGGCCAUGAUUAUGCUGAAGGACCGAAGGAUGACUGUGGUGGGACGCCUAGAAGGCCUCAUUCAACCAGAUGACCUGAUUAACCAACUGACAUUUAUUAUGGAUGCGAACCAGACUUACCUGGUGUCAGAACGCCUAGAAAGGGAAGAAAGAAACCAGACCCAGGUGCUAAGACAACAGCAGGAUGAGGCCUACUUGGCCUCUCUCAGGGCUGACCAAGAGAAAGAAAGAAAGAAAAGGGAGGAACGAGAGAGGAAGCGACAAAAGGAAGAAGAGGUGCAGCAGCAAAAGCUGGCAGAGGAGAGACGGCGGCAGAAUUUACAAGAGGAAAAGGAAAGGAAGUUGGAGUGCCUUCCUCCUGAGCCUUCUCCAGAUGACCCUGAAAGUGUCAAGAUCAUUUUCAAAUUACCCAAUGAUUCUCGAGUAGAGAGACGAUUCCACUUUUCACAGUCUCUAACGGUAAUCCACGACUUCUUAUUCUCCUUGAAGGAAAGCCCUGAAAAGUUUCAGAUCGAAGCCAAUUUUCCCAGGCGGGUGCUGCCUUGUGUCCCCUCAGCGGAGUGGCCCAACCCCCCUACGCUGCAGGAGGCCGGACUCAGCCACACAGAAGUUCUCUUUGUUCAGGACCUAACAGACGAAUGACACUUUCUUCCUCUCCCUUCCCACCCCUAUCCCUGAAAGAAACGGAUAAAACAAAAAAACAGAAAACACACACAAAAAAAGAGAGAGAUUCAUAUUAUUAUUAUUAUAAUACAAUAUUUUUUUUAAAAAGACUGCUGCAUCCUACGGAAGGAUGAGAAACCGUGCUGCCUGCGAGAGUCAGAACCUGUGUGUACGCGAGGGGAGCAGUGGCCGGGCCACCCGACAAGCCCACCCUUCCCUCCAGCCCCUGACCGCGGACCUGCCAGGGAGCGAGACUCGGCACCUCCAACCUUGGGGAAGGGGACUUCCCACUAGUUCUUACCAUUCUUGCUUUUAUGGAAAACAAAAGUGAAAAGCCUCCCUCAGCCUGCUCGCUGCUGCGUCUCCUGAGGACUCGCGGCUCUGACAUCUGGAGGAGAGGGAAGAGAAAGCACAGAGAGAGAGGUUCCUGGAACUGCCCACAGUUUAUGAAGAAGUUUCAUUGUUUCUGUUGCUUUGUAAUGACCAAAGGAAUGAGGCUGACAGGUGUGGUUUUGUUUGUUUGGGUUUUUUUUUCCCCUUUCUUUAACUUUAUUUGAUGAGAGCCAAUUCUUAAACCCACGAGUUCCUGCCCCGGGCUGCUUCCUAGCCCACAGUAGCAUAAUAAAGGUGCCCUGGGCCGGUU